AUGCCUUCUCGCGCGGUGAACAAGCCUGUCGACCCCAAGCAGAGGGAUAAGGACAUCAACACCAAGCUUCAGCUGUUUGGAAUGUACCAUGCUUUCAAGAACGGCAAGCUUCCAUCUAACAAGCAAGCCGAUGUCGCCCUGAACUCUGCGCUGGCCCACAGGUCACUUACAAACCCCUCGAAAGAACUCUCUGAGGAAGGUCGCGGGCUCGUGCAGGAUCUCCGUACUGUCAUUGAAGAGGCCAAGAAGCUUAUUCUUAGCAAGAACGACGGCCAAUUGCUCCAGGAAUUCAUCUACGAUGCUCAGACGAUCACUGCGGAUGAUGUGCACAAGCCCGGAGUUGCAGGCAGUGAUUCCGCUGAACAAGAUGCCGCUAAGGCAAGAGAAGGAUUGAAAUCUCUUGGAACUCUCAUGAUUACCAAUGGCGAGUUCCGGAAGCUUCUUAAUGACGCAAUGAUCAUCGCCCGCGAUAUCGCUGGUGAUGCUUCGCAGAAGGCUGCCAACAAGGUUCGCCCCGGGGAACAUGAACUCUCCCAGGUCGAUCAGGCCGCCGAAGACAACGUCUGGCAUGAGAAGCCUGACCUUGCCGGCCAAAAGGAACAGUUCAAGUCUCGCUUCGGCAGGAACAAGGACAAGGCUCAACAGGAGGCUUCUGACGUUGCAAACACUGGUGCUCAGGCUGCUACUGGCCCAGGUGGCUCAUCCCUUGAUCCUUAUGCUGGUGUCAAUGCUUCUGUCGAGCAGGCCCAGUCCAAGGUUCCCGAAGACCAGCAGUCCAAGGCUACCAACAAGAGCCAAGAAUACAAGGCCAGAACCCAGGACUACCUGUCGAGGAAGUUCCCUCCGGAACGUCGUGACCAGGCCAUUUACCGCUUGAAGAAGAUGAUUAUUGAAAUUCAGGGCCACCGUGACUACCAGCAAGCCAUCGAGACUCUGCUUGAUCUCGCCGAGAAGUACGGUGCCCGUUCCAGGCACAUGGCUCAACAGGGCUCGAGCAGUGUUCAGGGAACCCGCGGCCAGGGCAAGAUUCAGACCAUGGAGAAGAACCUCAGGACUUUGAUUGAGCGCUUCGCCAACAGCACAUCAAUGGAUGAUUUCUUUGAUUCUCUAGAGAACAUCUACCGCGAUGCAGACAACGACCCCGAACUCAAGGGAUGGUUCAAGAACACCAACAACUUCCUCCGCAAGACCCUUCAGCAGCAGGGCUUCGUUCUGCAGGACGACUGGAACCGCCAGUAUGAUGACCUGGCUGAGCACGGUCGAUUCCUACUCCGUGACCGCUACAGGGACCACACCAACCGCGUGCUUGAUGAGGUCAAGUUCCUUGGUGACCAAUUCAACCAGGACCGUCAGAACCGCGCGUUUGGUGACGCCAUGCAGAAGCUGUUCACCGACCUCGGCCAGGAUGAGAGUGGCAAGCCCAAAUUCAAGAAGCACCUUGUGAAGGAUAUCACCGAGGUCAUUCUUCCCGCCGUAUUUGAGAACGUCCGCUAUGUCCCUGUUCCUCGCAUCGAGGUGCAGGAUGCCAUGGCCGAUGUAGUCAUCGAGAACCUCGUCGUCGAAAGUGACAACCUCAUGCCCAAUGUUGUCGAGUUUGGAAGCGACAACUACUACCGCUGGGGAAGGAAGAAGAUCAGCAGCAAGCGGGACAACAAGAUCAUGAUAUCUGUGUCUGGCAUCCAGGCUGAUCUGAGAGAUGUCAGCUUCUACAUCAACAAGAAGCAGGGCUUCCCCUCCAUCACCGACACAGGUGUGAUGGAUAUCUUCCUUGGCGGCGACGGCAUCUCCUUCAAGAUUGCUGCUUCUACUGCGCAGAAUGAGGACCGCCAGAAUUUUGUCAAGGUCGACAAGGUUUCUGUCAAGCUUGAUGACAUAGACAUCAAGCUCAAGAAAUCUAAGCACAAGAUUCUUUUCACUCUAUUCAAGCCUUUGCUCUUCAAGACCGUGCGCCCCGCCCUCCAGAAGGCCGUGGAGAAACAGAUCCGCGAUGCCUUUGAGAAGGCUGAUGCGUAUGCUUAUGAGGUGCACCAAGAGGCUCAGCGUGUCAAGGGCCAGGUUAAGGAGAACCCUGAGGAUGCGCCCAACAUUUACAACCGCUACAUGAAUGCUCUCCGGGCCAAGAUGGAGGAGGCCAGACGCAAGGCUCAGGAGGCUCAGCAGCAGGCUGCCCAGCGCGAUUCCAAGGUACAGACCACUACCACAAUGAAGGCUUCCCUGUUCCCGGACAUCAAGCUUCCUGGUGGCAUUACCACCAAGGCUACCGAGUACGAGGAGCUGUCGAGGAAGGGUGAGCGCUGGGAGUCUCCCAUCUUCGGCAUUGGCUCUGCCUCCGAGUCCACGGACAUCCCAAAGCCGGCCGAGAUCACUCGGAAGCCUCACAAUACCGCUGAGGGCAAGCUUCGUGAUCGUCAGCCCGCCGGCUACGAAAACGGCAGCGCCGCUGGUGGCCUCGCUGCUGCUCCUCGUGGUCCCAUCACUGACGGAGGUGCUUUGGCGACCGGCCGAGUCACUGAUGGCGGCCCAGCAGCUGCCGGCCCAACCAUAACUAACGGUGGCACCGGUGUGACCAACGGUCACGCAAAGCGCCAUGACUCCAUGCUGAGCAGCGGUACCGACAGCAACGGCAGACUCCCCCAUGACAUCACUAGCUUCUCUGGAUCCGGAUUCAACCCUCAGACCGCUUGA